UACAGCUGACCCCACCGGCACAGAUGAGGACUGUGUCUCUGCUGUGUUGCCUCCUAAAGUAUAUAUUUCUGCUCGCUAUGUCCGUGUUUAACUUCAACCGACUUUAUUCCGUGUAUGAGUGGUUUCGGCGCAUACUAUCACUCGUUUGGCGCUGUGUGAAAGCGAGAUUCGGCGUAAUAGUCGGAUAUGCGUUUUCCCAGAUACGCCUGCUAAAGGGCAACGGGAACCAGGUGGAGCCUGACAAGAACCCCGAAGACAGACCCACGAAGAAGAGUGUCUCCAAGGCCGAGGAAAUAAACCCCGGAGACAGACCCACGGAGAGGAGUGUCUCCGUUGAGGUCAAGGACAUAAACCCCGGAGACAGACCCACGGAGAGGAGUGUCUCCGUUGAGGUCAAGGACAUAAACCCCGGAGACAGACCCACGGAGAGGAGUUCCUCCGCUGAGGUCAAGGACAUAAACCCCGGAGACAGACCCACGGAGAGGAGUGUCUCCAAGGCCGAGGAAAUAAACCCCGGAGACAGACCCACGGAGAGGAGUUCCUCCGCUGAGUUCGAGGACAUAAACCCCGGAGACAGACCCACGGAGAGGAGUUCCUCCGCUGAGUUCGAGGAGUCUCGCCCUGAGGGUCAACAUGAGCCCGCAGCCGGAAAGAGGGCCGCCGACCCCGACAGAGUGCUCACCUGCAAGCGGCAGAGGGUUGAGGAAGGUGACGGUGAGUUUGACGGAGAGGAGUAUCGAGUCCAGACCACAGAUGAGCUGUUCUGUGGAUAUGACUCAACGUGGGAGACCGAGGAGCCUCAGAGGGCCUCAGUCAUGAGGACCAGGAGACCAGCAGCGUAUAACCAAAAAUUCGACAGAUUUUUUAACUCUGCAAGAGACAUGCAGAACUACAGGCAUGACUACCCUUCCCAGUUCAGGAAAAAACGCUGGAACCAAGGAUCUGAUGACAUGCCUAAUCUGAACUUCUACCUCGGAAUGGAGUGCUCAAAACCUGACGGUGUCUAUAUACAGGAUUUCCACGAUGAUUGGUAUGGACAGUAUGACAGACUGGAGCGUGUACACUCCUACAUUCAGUGGUUGUUCCCACUGCAGGAACCAGGGAUGAACUAUGAGGCCAGUACACUGACCAAAAAAGAAAUAGAGGAGUUUUGUGAGAACGCCACCGCAAAGGCAAAUCUGUUGAAGUCGUACAAGCUCAUGUUGGACUUCUAUGGUAUCGAGUUGUGUGAUGAAAAGACAGGAGAAGUCGGGAGAGCAUCAAACUGGAGAGAGCGAUUCAACAACCUGAACAGUCGAACUCAUAACAACCUGCGCAUCACCCGCAUCCUGAAGUGCCAGGGAACUCUGGGGUUCCGUCACUAUCAAGCCCCCCUGGUCCGCUUCUUCCUGGAGGAGACCCUCGUCCACGAAGAACUCCCAAAUGUCAAGGAGAGUGUUCUCAACUACUUUGUGUUCGCUGUCCUCAAUAAGAGAGAACGCAGGAAUCUCAUCAAGUUUGCCUUUUUGAGUUAUGACCGUAAAGAUGAGUUUGUGUGGUGCCCUAAAAGGAUUCAAAUGAUUUGGUCACAGGGAAUGAAAGGCAGAAGAGGGAAUUUUGGGACAGGCCGACAAAAUAUCUGCCCCGAAGAGAAUGUCACAGAGGCUCAAAGCAGCAAAGACGGAGAAGAAAUGGGCAGUGAUGAUGAGGCAGAUGCACUCCAAAUACUGGAUAUAAGUAGUUCAUGCAGUGGUUUGUUUUGAAGUUAUGGAUGCAAAUCAUUUUUGUUUAUUUUAAUUCUCACAAUAAGGUUUCUGGACUUCUAUGUUUGUUUUAUUCUUACUUGACUUUCACAAACAAAAAGAUGCAAUAUUCUGACCUGUAAAACAUUAAUUUGUAAUAAAAGUGCUUCUGUUUUGGUCGGGCAAAUUAAGAGUUUUAAGAAUUGUUCACCAGUUUGACUGGUUAAUAAACCUGAAACAAUUGUUUGGUA